CUUCUAUUCUAAAAAAAGAGCCCGAGAAAAGUUUCUUGCGACGUCCACCACUGAGGCCUUCCUGACGAUUUCUAACACGCCUGCGCUGUUCCAUUCCGGGGCGUGCGGAUUUGCUGCGCAUGCGCAUACCUUCCUUAAAAAAGUACCUUCGGGGUGGGGCCUGAGAGUCGAGCGGCGCCCUCGUAGCUCCUCCUUUCGCACCUGGAGCGUCUCUGUCGAGAGAGCCGUCGUGGUGUUGUGGUUUAAGGGUCGGACUAGGACCUGGAAAUCCAGCUUCAAAUCCCCAGUCUCUCCAUGGAAGCUUGAGAUGGUGAGCAGCCAACCUCUUCCUAUCUCAGACAAUGGCAAAAGGAAAAAGAAAAAAAGAACCAGAGCUUCAGAUCAUUUUCCAGGAAGGUUUGAAGAUUUAUACAAACUUACUGCAGAGUUGCUUGGUGAAGGGUCCUAUGCCAAAGUUCAGGGAGCUGUUAGUUUGCAAAAUGGAAAGGAGUAUGCAGUUAAGAUAAUUGAAAAAUGUACUGGUCAUAGCCGAAGUCGUGUGUUUCGGGAAGUGGAAACAUUGUAUCAGUGUCAAGGUAACAAGAACAUUUUGGAAUUAAUAGAAUUUUUUGAAGAUGCUGAAAGGUACUACCUUGUCUUUGAAAAGCUGCUUGGAGGCUCUAUCCUGGCCCAUAUACAAAAGCAAAAGCACUUUAAUGAGAGAGAAGCCAGCAGGGUAGUGAAAGAUAUUGCCUAUGCUCUGGAUUUCCUCCACACAAAAGGUAUUGCUCAUCGAGAUCUGAAGCCAGAAAACAUACUGUGUGAAUCUCACGAUAAGGUGUCACCAGUAAAAAUUUGUGACUUUGACCUUGGGAGUGGAGUGAAACUCAAUAGCGCAUCUACUCCAAUAACUACACCUGAACUGACUACUCCAUGUGGUUCUGCAGAGUACAUGGCCCCUGAAGUAGUAGAAGUAUUCACAGAUGAAGCCACAUUCUAUGAUAAGCGCUGUGACCUGUGGAGCCUGGGUGUGAUUUUGUACAUCAUGUUAAGUGGCUAUCCUCCUUUUGUGGGGAAUUGUGGUACAGACUGUGGAUGGGACAGAGGCGAAAUCUGCAAAAUUUGCCAGAACAAGCUCUUUGAGAGCAUCCAAGAAGGCAAGUAUGAGUUUCCUGACAAGGACUGGUCUCAUAUCUCCAGUGAUGCCAAAGAUCUGAUCUCUAAGUUGCUAGUUCGUGAUGCCAAAGAGAGGCUUAGCGCUGCUCAGGUUCUGCAGCAUCCUUGGGUGCAAGGGAAUGCUUCUGAAAGAGGAUUGCCUACGCCACAAGUUCUUCAAAGGAACAGCAGCACAAAAGAGCUGACUCUCUUUGCAGCUGAGGCUAUUGCUCUAAACCGCCAGCUGUCCCAGCAUGAGAAUCAUCUCAGUGAAGAGGAAGAAAGUAUCGCCCAGGCCAUAUGCUCCAUGAAGCUCUCUCCCCCCUCGAAGUCCCGCCUUGCCAAACGCAGAGCUAUGAGUCAGGCCACAAAAACCAGCGAAUUCCAACCAGCUGCCACAGCUGCCCUUUGAUGCUAAUUUUCUAGUCAUCAGCACUGGCUGGAGGGUCAAUUUUUUGUAUAUUUCAAAGGGCUCCAAGGUUUAUCAGUGUUAAGACUUUGUAGAACAAAACUUGUGAUGAAGUGAUUUGAAGGACAGUCUUAAAAUGUCUUUUUGAAUUUGAAAAAUGUGAUGAAUUAUAUGAAGUUCUUAGGUGGUGAUGUUGUUGCUGUGUAAAUGGCAAGAAGAUUGUAUUUUCACACCAGUUUCUGUAACUAAUGUAUACACUUCCAUGACCAGCCCUGUGACUAGUAGAAAUGUGACUGAAUGAGCUGUAAGUUGUUGUAUAGUUCUGUUCCUUUAUCUGUAUCAACCAGAUGACGGUGGUGGUCCAUCCUCCAGGAAGCUUCACAUACUUCAGCUUUCCUAUAAGAGCAGAGUUAUAUGUUUCCCUUAAUCUGUAUGGGUGUAUUCUGAGCUUGAUUUCAGAAUGGACAGUGGCACAGCUGCUUCAGUGUUAAUGUGAUCUUCAAAGAAGUAACCUGCCCCUUCCAUUUUCCAUCACUGAUGGAGACCAUAUCUUACCUACAGCAUUGGCAAGAAGUACUUUGAGGAGCAGCCCUGGCUAUAUAAAUUCUUCCUGUCUAGCAAAGUCUGAUUGAAGUUUGGAUUUCCAAGUCACCCUAUUACCUCGCUUUUACUUGAAGUGUUUAACUUUCUCAACAUUUUUCUAAGGAAUAUAGCUUCUCACUUUCCAUUUACAGCUUCUACACUGAACAUCCUGGAUUUUUUUCCCUGUGAGAAUAACAUCCAAAAGCUCUUUUUUGUGGGUUUCUGCCCAAACGUUGGCCAUGAGAAAUAUGAGAUGUUGCAGAUGUCUGAGCAGCAAUUAUGAAGUGUUGUGCUUCACCAUUCUUCAGUGUAGCCAUACCAUAGGAAAGAGCUUAUGAUGGAGCUCUGAGUAGAUUGUGACUCAGAUGACAAGGGUAUUCAAGGCUCAAUGAGAUAGAUGUGUUGUGCUGCGAGCUCCAGGUGUAUUGAAAAGCUUUAGGGUGCCCAGUCUCUUGCUGUCUGAGGCCUUUGCAUGUCAACACCAAGGAUUCUUAAAAUGUUUGAAAUCGGAGGGUAUGUAUAGUACCUGUUCUCCCCCACUUCCCACCUGCACCUCAUUCUCCUAGUCACAUGCAUGAGCAUUGUGUUACAGCAAGCAACAUUUUUGAACAUGUCUUGCAUAUUUGCAAUCAAUAUUGCUUUUGCCAUCUCACAAGCAGCCAGUGGAGGCAACCAAUUAUUUGUUAUUUUUAUUACUUUGAUAAGAGCCUCUUCAGGUACAGUGCUGAAGUUUGCCACUUUUGUGAUAAGCAGUCAUGUUCCAGUAAGAAAAAGAAUGGACCAUAUAGCUACAUAAACCUGUCCAAAACUUCUUGUUUAUUUUGGUCAGCUUAAGAAAGUGUGAUCUUGGGAUGUGCAUUCCAUAAGCAGUCCAAGCUGAUGGUGAGGGCACCCAUAGCAUUGAUGUAUGCUAAUUUCAUGGCCUGAAAUGACAUGAUCAUCUACUUCUAUUUGUUUAGCUCAGCUGUGGCUGUGCUGCCACAUUCACAAUAGAAUUCGUCUAGCCUCUCAAGCCAUGCAAGCUACAGUGCAAGACCAGCUGGUGGGAGAAGAAUCAUUAUUUUUAAAUAUAGCACACCACUGUGAUGUUAUUGUCUCUCAAAAUGCAGUAGCUUCUGAAUACCAUGGUUCCAUAAUUUUAACACACCUUGAGUACCCUAAGGAAAGUGUGCUGAAAGUGCUAAAGGUGAUCACCCCAGCAGAUAAAAAUUCUCUUUUAAAUUAAGAUUGGUUUUUCAAUUUGUUUGUAGCAUUUGAAAGUUUAAACCAGGGAAAAUCAGGGAAAAAAUGCUUUUUAACAAGAUCAAUAUAAUAUACCUCCACUGCAGGAAGCAGGACAAAUUGAACAAGCAACUCCCCCCCCCCCCCUUUCCCUAACUUUGCUUCCCAGGACAGCUUUUCCGUUUUCUCUUUAGGUGUAAAAUGUGUACAUUAAAUACAUGGUGUUACGACAUACUGGUGGUUAAUGUGAAGAAUGCAUCAUGCCAUUAUGUUGGUUUUAAAGAAUACUUUUAAACUGUUACAGUUGUAACAUACUUCAUAGUUAACUUUUUUUAACGUGAUGGAAAACUCAGGAAGUAAUACUGUUAUUGAUGUGAUGCAUUUUUAAUAUUGUAUGCUGAAAAUUAAACUUAUCACGUUUCUGAA